AUUUGGCGAUCUUAUCAAAUUCGGCGUUACAUCAGCUCGUUUGUGCUAGUCCAGGAUAAUUACAUUUUAUGAACUCCAGUAACUUCAUAACUCUUUUUAUUCGUGCUGCUGCAUAGAUUCAUGGAUCGUAAUACGAUUAUUUCAUUUUAUUGCAACCCUGCUUAGCGAUUUGUACUCACAGUUCUUCCCACUAAUUUUACCAAGUGUGUAAUGACGAUUGUCAGUUUUGUAUCAUACUUUUUGGGAGUGUGGGCUUCUGUCUAUUUGGUUGACAUAGCUCUGCGUACACAUUCAUACACGAGAAAUUGGUACACUGAGAUUAUUUCUCAGCUGGGGAUUUCGUUCAAUCUUCUACAAGCACGCUUAUUUACACAACGGUUGAACAAUAGUUUCCACUAUAUAUGCCGCUUCAAUUGUAUGCCUUGGAAUCUUUGGUUUUCUUGUGGUGUGAUAUUUGCUGCCAUAUCAAUGGUAGUAAGCAUUUGUCUGCUUACCCUGUUGGCUUACAACACCUUGAUGCGCAAACCUAUUGAAACUCAGGUUCUAAUUCCUGUGAUGCCGGGAAUAAACUUACCAACCAGUCAUUUGGGAUUUUAUGCUCUCACAUUGCUUAUAUGCGCAUUCAUACAUGAAGCAGGACACGCUCUCGCAGCUGUGCGUGAACGCGUUCGCCUUCAUGGAUUCGGAAUCUUUGUGUUUGGGUUUUAUCCGGGUGCAUUCGUUGACCUCAACACUGCAGAUCUUCAGAGUCUUUCACCGUUUUGUCAGCUUCGUGUAUAUUGCGCUGGUGUUUGGCACAAUGCCGUAAUUGCCGUAAUCAGCAUAAUUAUAUUUUACUUACUACCUUUCCUGUUAUCGCCUGGCUACCACGUAGGAACUGGGGUGGGUGUCACAUACUUAAGAGAGGAUUCUGUCGUCACAGGGUAUCGUGGGCUUGCUCUUGGUGAUGCUAUCACUCGGGUAAAUUCCUGCCCAGUAAAUCAGCAAUCUGAUUGGUUCAAAUGUUUAGAGGAGGCAUACAUUCAUCCAUCUGGCUACUGUGUUUCUGGAGCCUAUUUAAGCAUGAUAGAUAAUAAAGCCUCUGUUCCACGUCGUAGUUUAUCCGCGGUUGUUUCUGUCAAUAAAUUGGAUGAAAAUGAUAGUUUCGAAUCAGUCAGUAAUCAAAAUAAACUGAAUGAAGAUUGUUGCACAGUUCAGUCAGCGUCGACUCAUUUGUGUUUUACCUACAUAACACCUACAAAGCUGAGUUCUACAUCCCGAAGAUAUGCUUGCUUGCCGGCACGUGCUGUAACUGAGCGUACCAGCUGCAAUGUGACCUCUGAUUGUGGUAAUCUUGGCGCUAUGCGUGGCAAUAACAACGGAAUACAGAGCGAAUCACUGGGUGUCAUAUCUACUCGAUCAAUGUAUUGUGUUGUACCAAGCCCCCCAGACAAUUCCACUCGUCUAGUGCGCCUAGUGCAUAAUCGCCAUAAAGCCCCUGCAAUUCUUUUCUUGGGUCCAUUGGAAGAUCUUGUAGCUUCUAUAGGGGUUUCCGACUAUGUCCCACGUUGGCCUUCCAUACUUUCACCAAAUUUGCCUUCCUUCCUUGGAUUACUAUGCACGUAUCUGUUCUCAUUGUCCGGUGCCCUCGUGAUACUCAACGUUGUGCCUUGUUAUGCUCUUGACGGUCAAUGGAUUUUGAAAGCGUUCUUGGAUUUAUUUCUUCCAGGCAUAUUACCAUCACGCCCGAAAAGGAAUAUGGUUUUUACUGUUGUUCUUAUCCUUGGUAGUAGCCUUUUGGGACUAAAUCUAUUUCUCGCAAUUUUGUAUCUAUGUCUUCAGGCUAACUACACAGGUGGUCUGUCGAAUUCCAUAAGUCCAAUAACUUCUGUUAAUACCUGAAUAAAAUUUUAUGCGUUUAAUUGUAAAAAGUCCGAAACUGUGAUUCAUCACUCAGUAUAUUUUAUCUUUUUGCUGUCUGUGCCUUUAUAAAUCUAUUUUCUACUGAGUCAGGGUACAAAUCUUUUUUUUCCUAAGUAUACAUAUUUUUCUU